AUGCCAGCUUCCACAAGCGACAUGAAGCGCGACGCCCAGGACGUCGACUGGAACAACGUUGCCCUUGAUCUCAGUGGCGUUGACUGGAGCAAGGUCGACUAUGGCAACGGCGCCGCCUCCUCCACUCCCGCCGCCUCCACUGCUGCUGCUGAGACGCCUGCCUCUUCUCAGCCCGAGGUCGUCGCUACUUCCGCUGCUGCUGAGCCCUCCGCCGCUGCUGAGGCUCCCUCCUCCACCGAGGCCGCAGCUCCUGCUGAGACCUCUGCGUCCGCUUCCUCUGACGCUGGUGGUGUCGUCGGCGACAUCCUUAGUGGCAUCGAGAGCCUCGCCACGAAGCUCGGAGCCCAGCUCGGUGUCAACUCCGAGACCGACAACGGACAGAUCUGGAUCGGUGGCGACGGCAAGCACUCUGCCACCUUCACCAACGGCGCUGACAAGGACGCCAUGGUCUGGUGCUGGGGCAAGUCCACCAUGUGGAUCAACGCCAACCAGCCUGUCAUCUCCAUCAAGCUCGCUGCUGGUGAGACCCAGAAGCUCUCCGUUGCUGAUGGCUUCUCCGGUGGCUGCGGUGCUUCCUUCGACGACUCUGACCUGUACAUGGGUCUCCUGAACGAGUCCAUCCUCGAGUUCACCUUCGGCUCGGGAGCCAACGGCUGCUUCGAUAUCUCCCGUGAGAUCAACAUGAAGGGCAUUCAGCUCACUGCCAAGGGCGCCAAGUGCACCAGCGGUUUGGACGGAAGCUCCGACUCGUGCACCUUCAUCUGCACUGACUCCAGCGCCACCAGGUGCGGUGCCGGUGGCGGUGACUACGCCAUCGAUGUCGGUACCUCUACCGAGGGACCUUGCAUGGUUGGCAAGGACCCCUUCACUGGUGACGCCGCCGGUGGAUGCCAAAUGGCCGACGACGGCGAGCACCUCGAGGUCACCAUCCACGCCUCCCGAUGGUAA